AAGAAGAUAAAAUAUUAGCUGCUGGAAUCGCUAAAUAUGGAGUUGGAAAAUGGGCACAGAUAUCUAAACUAUUUACACAUAGAGACCGACAUCAAGUUAAAAAUCAUUGGAUAGAUAUAUUAUAUAGAAAUCGAGGCAAAUGGACAUCUGAAGAAGAUUGUAUACUUCUUAAGCUAGUCGAACAAUAUGGUUUUAAAUGGACAUUGAUUGGAAGACACAUGAAUCGUGCACGAAAUGAUGUUUAUAGUCGUUACUUCAUCAUCAUAAGAAAAGAGUGGACAAAAGAUGAAAACCAGGCACUCCGAAAUCUGGUUGCAAAGCAUGGCGAAAAUUGGAAAAUUAUAUCAGAAAAUUUUCCUGAUAGAAGCGUUUACGAUAUUAAAAUGCACUAUAAACGAUGUUCAAGCAUUAAUCCUAAGGUUAACAACGGAAGAUGGAAACCAGAAGAAAUCAAAGCUUUUAACGAAGCAUUUCUUAAAUUUGGGAAAAAAUGGAGACACAUUGCUGAAUUCGUUAGAACAAGGACACCAAGCCAAU